GGCAGUCCGCGCAGGAGCGGAGGCCAGACUGCAGCUGUGGGCUAGCGGGAAAAGAUAGUUCUGGCUUGGCAGCCUCGCACUCCUGCAAAAUUGGGAUCCAGGUGGCAAAGGGAGAAAUGGGUGGCUCCAAGACCAGUCUUGGUUUCCUCGUUUUGCUGCCGAUUGUCUUGUUCAGCGGGACGUCCAGCGACGCUCAUUCUCUUUCCUAUAAUGUCACCAUCGAUCCUCGGCCUAGAGAUGGUCAGCCAUGGUGUGAGGUUCAAGGAGAAGUUGAUCAAAAGGUCUUUCUCUCCUAUGACUGUGGUAGAGCUAAGAUCAAAUACAUGAGUCCAUUGGGAGAGGAAGUGAAAAGUAUGAACGCGUGGGAAACACAGACUGAUACACUCAGAGACACUGGAGACUUGCUCAAGGAGCAGAUGCCUGACGUCACACCGGAGAAACACAUAGACAAGGGCCUUCUGACCCUGCAGGCCAGGAUGUCAUGCUGGCGUGAAGACAAUGGACACACCAGUGCAUCCUGGCAGUUUGGCUUCAAUGGACAACUGUGCCUCCUCUUUGAUUCGGGGAAUGGAUACUGGACAGUGGUGCAUCCUAAAGGGAGGCGGAUGAAAGAGAAGUGGGAGAAUGACAGAGCUGUGACGGACUUCUUCAAGAAGGUCUCCAUGGGAGACUGUCAGCGCUGGUAUCGGGAUUUCUUGCUGCGCUGGGAGAAAAUAUUGAAGACCACGGCAUCACCAACCACGGGACCCUCUACAAUGCAGCCCAUGGCCCCAGACAGCAGUUACAUCGCCUGGAUCGCCACCGGGGUUCUCGCCGGUUUGGUCAUAACGAUCAUCAUAAUAGCCUGUAUCUGUUGCAAGAAGAGGUACUGAGGGCAGAAUUCAGAGGGAAGGAGACGGUGCUCCCAGGAAGUGCAACAGGUGCUCUGUCUGCCUCUCUCCUGCUCUUCACUUUAGAGCCAGGAGAUCAGACCCUAUGAAUCUUGAGUCUGUUUUCCAGUUACAGUGACACAGUAGAUGCAUCAUCUCAUGGGCUUUAAUCACAUUUGGGGAAAUCCUACUCAAUGUCUAAAAAAAACCAGAAGCAAUUUAUUUCACCACUUCCUCCUGGUGCUAACUGAUGGAAUUUCUACACUGAAAUGUUCAAGUCCUUGAAGAAAUCUCCACAAACAGGACAUUUUUCAUCGUACUCUAGUUUGUGGAUAAUUAGACUCUGCCUCGUGACCUCUUUCUUGCAAAUGAUAUUGCAAAAAAAAUACCAUCUGCUAUUACAGGACUCAGGGAUUCUUUCUGUGUCUGGAGAAAUCAUCUCAGCCUAUUUUCAAUAGAACAAAGUUUUAUUUA